UUAGGUCAGCAGGGGAAAGGGGAGGGGGCGGGGGGGGAGAAAGUGAAAGACAGAAACUGCGAUUUAAACAAAAGCUCUGAUAAGGCUGCAGUGGGGGAAAUCCAAAGUGAGAGAGAAGGAUGGCGUGAGAGGACCCAAGCUGGAAAGUACCAGAGCGAGGACGACUCUUCUUUUAGGCGAUGUCAGUGGGACGCUGAAGAGGAAGAAGGAGGACAGCGGCGCGCAACAACGCACUCGGUGUCAAAGACCCCGCCACAAGGCACCGACGAGGAAACUUUGCCUUUCACUGACUGACACAGAAAGGCCCGUCUCUCUGUCUGUCUGUCUUCUAUGUGGGUGGGGGGCGGCGGGGGAGGCUCAUCUGAGGGAUUGCUGUCAACCAGAGAAAUGGAGAAGUGUCCAUUUUCUGAAAGAUAAAAGGAUGUCACUGCCAGUUUUGCUCUUGCUAUCACUCUUGACUGUCCAAUGUGGUGGAUGUGACUGGGAGGUGGUGAAGAACGUUAAGACAGCUAUCGACGCAAACCCGACUGGAUUUCGCACCGUCUUCCCCAAAGAUUACUAUGUGUUGCACCACUACGCAAAAAGCAUGUUGUGUGACACGGAUCCGUGUUGCGUGUUCCCCGCCGCAAUUGUUCUCCUCGAAUCCUGGAAUGUACUUUUGAGAAACCUCUGGGAUGAGCAUCUUAAUCAGUCUUUGAUCUUCGACCUGAAGCAGACACUGGAUAUCAUCAUCAGAAAGAAUAAAAACACCGAGAGGUUGCGGGAGGAGAUGGACCCGUCCCAGUUUUCCCCACUCUUCUCCUCUCCCGAGGAGCUCCUCAAGCUCACCUCGGAGUUGUUCGCCCAGUGGCUGGAGGUCGGAUGCUCACCCUCCAUGGAAGUCUGCGAGCCCCCGACUCUGCCUCCCGCAGCCGAGAAGAAGGAGUACAGUCCAUCCAGGGUCCGACUCCUGACCACCCGGGCCAUCAGCAGCAGCAUGGAGGAGGCCGAGCUGGCCCGGAUGAGAGACUUGACCCAGCCCUCGUCCAGCCGCGGCCCUGCCUCCCUCUCCUUGCAUCCCGCCUCUGCGUGGAGCCUCCUCCUGUUCAGACUCUACCAAUGGUUGUUGCCAUAGCAACCUAAAAGGAUCUUUUUUUUUUUUUUUUUUUUUAAGCCGACAAUGCACACAAAAUGCAAGACAUUUCCUGGCACUGAAUGAUUGUUUCCUUUCUAUUUGUGGUGUGUUGUGAGGCAGUAUGCUGGUGUUAUCAUAUGAAGUGACAUGCGCAGGUUGCAUUUUUUUAACGUCCAAAAUUUUUUAUUUUUUAUUUUUUUGUUACGUUCACUGCCCUGAUAGCGCAAAAAACAUUUAAACCAGAGGCGGGCUUUGGAUUUGGUACCUGGUCAUACAGUGGGGUCUUACUUUAAUCCACCGCUUAAUACCGCAACUUCAAGUCACACAUCGUAGAAGCUGUCAGUACUAUAUCAAAUUGCAAGUAGAGUUCUGUUCAGAGUCAGUAUUUUUAUCCGAGAGAUGCCAAAAAAAAAAAAAACAUGAAAAAUGCAAUAAAAUACAUCAUAUUCACCAGCGAUGCUGAUUAUCCAAUGUAUUCAUGUGUACAGAUUGCUACAGACAUGUUUCGCUAGUCUAACUUGGCUGUGACAAGUUUUGCUCCUACCAACCAGAGGAUGGAAAAGGCAAAAUUUCAUGGGCCAGCACUUACUGAUUCUGAAUUGAUUAACACGGCAACAUGUCGACGCUGAAAUCUGAUUGGACAAAACAAUCCAACAUACACAUACGCUACGUCGACGUUCUAUGUUGGCAAUGACGUCAGACCAUUUCAUAGGAUAAAUUUAGGUUGUAAAUGUAUGCCAGUGCUUUUGUUAGCGUUUCUUCCUUGAACGUUCUCCAGUGGUAGGAACACAGCUUACAUAUAGAGCAUAGUACUACAGUACUCGCCUGCCUAGGUAGGACAAAGUCCAGCUAGCUAAGCUUUUGGCUAACAUGUGGUACAUGCCGACCAAGCCGAUGCACACUAAGCCUUCGCGUGUUUCUGAUGUGGAAUCUGUCACAUUUGUUUACAUUGACUGUUUUCAUAACUGUAAGAUAUGACGUCUACGGACUUUUACUUUUGUAUAAAAAUGUGAAUUAAAGCCAUUGAGAUAUG